GGGGGAAGCCGCCCGCCCGUGGUUGUUAGUUAACACGCGGGUAUUUAACGCUGUGACUACCCGGUUAGCAACACACGCGUCCUCUCGCUCUCCCUCGUCCUCUUCCUCCUCCAGUGUCUGCGAAAGAGACUCCCCAAAAGCCCCACUGUCAACGCAAAUGUUCACGCUGUUCCUCGUGCUGUUCCACUUCGUCAAGGACGUCGCCGCCCUCAGCAUCAGGGGCGGCAGCGGGCUAGCUACUGGCACAGGAGCUGGAUACACCUACAGCAAGCCAUCUCGUCACAUAUUCGGCGGAGAUGCAGGCUGGAACACAUCCCUCUGGGAGGCCGUCGACGAUCGGUACGUAUCUUUCCGCACGCAUGGACGACUCUCGUCUCACCCACCGACUGACUCAACACUAUCUUGGCAGAGUCCGGGGCGGCAAGUCCCAAAGCCACCUAACCUACCUCAACCCCAAAACACCGUCCGCCGGCGUCCUCUUCUCAGGCAUUCUCGAUGUCGGAACACUAGGAAACGCAGGAUUUGCCUCACAACAGACCUUGCACUCGUCUGACCUAACCUGGGAUGUGUCCGCUUACCCACGCGGCCUCGAAAUAUCUACCGCGGCUGUGAAGGGCGAUAACCGCACCUAUUCAUUGAAUAUCUACACGGACGAGGUUAUCCCACCACCACCACCACCACUACCAUCACGGAGUGAUCGUCUAAUCCUAACCUCCCAACCGGCCAACCGCUCCCCCUCCACCCCGCCCACAUCACGGAUAAACUACAAAUACUCGUUCACACCCACCCACUCGACAGAUGUGCAAACGACGUUCGCGCCGUGGGAGGCGUUCAAGCCGAAUUAUAGGGGCAGGGAGGUCGAGGGACUGCCGCCGCUGGAUGUGACCAGGCAUCAGGUUACGGGGUGGAGUCUGAUGUGUCAGAGUUUCUUUGGGACUCAGGAGAAGGGGGGGUUCAGCGUCGAGGUUUUGGCCAUUAGGGUUUUGGCGUAGGUGAUGUCUUGGAGGGUACAGUGAAAGGUGGUGCAUAUUAGUGGCUGAAGACGGCAGCAAGUAGAUCACCUAGGUGUUGUGUACGAUAACGUUUGAACCUCCACAUAGAGCCUCGGCUUAU